GCGUCUUUAGAUGGGUGGGCGUUGAGAGAACGCGCGCGGGCAAAUCGGUGUCACGCCUCUCCCUCGACUCUCCGCAACUGCGGCCGUCCCAGACACCAGACACAGACUGCCCUCGCACCUUCUCGCACGCCCAUGCGAAACGUCCCCUUUCAUUUCCCAAGUCCACGGCUUUGCAGUCUUGCAGAGCUCCUGUUGCCUCCCGACGCUCGAGGAUUAGCUCAGUACCGCACCGGACAUCAGUCAGGUAUCGACUCAGAUUCACCUGGGGCAGUCAUACCAGACCAUUGUCGCGAGAGGAAACAACAGACAUGGACUCGGAAACUCACCUUACUCACUGGGUAAUACAUGUCAUAUCUGGCUAGCGCUAGAAUCGACCAAAAUAUAUCUGC